GAAUUAAAUACGACUAUGCCUCAAUUAUGCAUUAUUCAAGUACUUCUGGAACACGAAAUUUUCAGAGGAAAACAAUGACAGCUAAGAUAAAUCCAGCAAGAAAUGAUCCUUUAAUGGGACAGAGAAAUGGACUUACUGCUUCGGAUAUUGCUGAACUACACCGAAUGUAUUGUGCUCCUGAAUCCUGUGCUGACUCGAAUGUUUAUUGUGGUGCCUGGGCUGUCCAGAAUUUAUGUACAGGUUGGAAUCAAGGAGCUCGAAAUUGGAUGACAGAGAAUUGUCCAAAAUCGUGUGGAUUAUGUACAGAAUGAUAUUUAAAAAAUACUUUUU